CUCUCUUACUUCCUCUUCUUGAAUUUUCUUUUUUCUUUUGGCCAUAAAUCUUAAGAUCUUGAUUUUUCCUUCAAUCCUUGGUCAUUUUGGAAGCCGUUUGCGGCUAUUCGAAGCUUACGACGAGAACUACGAGUUGAUUGGAGCCAAUCUCAAUUUGAUCAUCAUUUGAGGGAUUUCUAAAUUCUAGGGUUGAGGAAGAAAUUUGGGGCUUUUCAUUGCUUUUGAGGCAGUUCAGUUUCCAAGAAAGAUGAACAAGAUGGUAAUAACUGACUUGAACCCUGAUGUGCUGAAACUACUUAUGAUUUUGGUUGCGAAAUCAUCAAAUGAGGCUGCAGAUCUGGCAAGGGCAAUAUCUGUUUGCGAAGCUUUCAUGAACAUUGCUGCCUAUGAGGAUGUGUUAAGAGAAGUCAAUUUCAGCAAUGUAACGCUGCCAAAGCGCUAUGAAUUAUUCCAAUACAUUAACGGUCUAUUAAACAGAUGUGCUAAGGCUGGAAAUGUUACUGCCCAGUAUAUGUUAGCCAAGACAGUACUGGUGAGUGCUGCUCAGUUUUUCCUGAUAGAUAUUCCUCACGAUAAUUCAGAAUCUGUGGCUGCGGAUCAGUACAUUAUAGAUCGAGCAAGUGGCAGAUUAGUUUCUGUCAAUCAUGCUAGGAGUACUUUCAUAGCCCAUUUUAUAGUGGAUCAGGCGUCUACCAGCGAUACUUCAAAUAGAAGCUUAUGUCAUAAACUUGUGAGGUUGUUCUUGUGCCAAUGCAGCCCCCGUGACCUCAUUGAAAUGCGUCCGCAUUUUGGUCAAAUACUCCAAGUACUUCAUUAGAUCGAGAAGGGACGUAGAUGGCUAUCUCAAGUUCUUCAAGAAUAUUGGAGGGAUGUGUACAAUUGUCGACAUUCUUCGAUAUUUUGAGAAACUUUCCAAGAAGAUCAUAAAAUUGGAAUAUCCGCUCCAAGAUUCGGAAGGGAUUGCAGAAGAGUCGGAGAAGGAAGAGAGUGUAUCUAAUGCAAGGUAUUUUGGCCUGGGAGGGAAAUUUGAUUCCUACACCGAAGAGUUCAAUAAGCUUCACGCCUUGAAGGAGUUGGAUGGGAAUAUUGGGGAAUCGUCUCAUCAGGUGAAUGGGACACGGUCUUGCCCUCGAUUUGAAGAGCUCAAGGCAGCAUAUCAGAGUGCAGCUGCAGAUUUCAAAAUAUUUCAACUUGGUGCAGUUGUAGUUUUUGAUCACUUAUUUCCGGCGAGUUGAUGUACAUAAAGGCAUGUGUCCUCUAAGCAGGAUACAGAACCUCUUGAAAAGAAUCUAGCUGGUGUGCAACUAGAGUUCUUUACUUGGUAUUUAAGCUUUGAAGAACUAUAACUUGUGUAAUGUUAUGUUUUUAUUCUUUA